AUGAGCAUUCUGUUUCUGGGAUUUGCAGAUUUGGGUGUCUCUGGCCGUGAACAUACAUUUCUCCAGCUUGGGAAUCUAAUUGCUGCAUUAUCCCUCAAUGGUAGCACAGAGGAUCUAGUCUUCCGAGAUGUCAACAGAUGCUCAGAAAAUUUGGUGGCCAUUUUUUCUGCUCAACAGCCAGGACCAUCAAGUUACAGCAAUAGCAUAUCUGCUUCUGAGGCUUGUUCAUCUUCUCCAAGACCUUGCAAUGCUAGUACAAGUCUUGGGAUCCAUGAAACAAGAAUGUCAUAUCUCAAGAGGCAGUUGCUUGCACCAGUGGAGCACAAUGCAUGGGUAUUGAAGCAAUACAUUGAGGAGCUGUACUGGGGGUCUGGCAAACGAGUGAUGCUGCUUGGUCACAGCAAGGGUGGGAUUGAUGCUGCUGCUGCUUUGUCUCUUUAUUGGUGUGACUUAGAGGACAAAGUUGCUGGAUUGGCGGUGGUGCAAUGCCCAUUCGGUGGCACUCCUGUAGCUUCUGAUAUUCUUCGUGAGGGCCAGAUAGCUGACAAGGAAACCCGGAGGAUCAUGGAGCUCAUUAUAUGCAAGCUCAUAAAGGGUGACAUGCGGGCAUUGGAGGACCUGACAUAUGAGAAACGGAAGAAAUUCAUUAUGACGCACAAGCUACCCCAAAAUAUUCCUCUUAUCUCCUUCCACUCUGAAGCGGGUGUAGCACCGGGUGUCAUUGCCACAUUGGCCCACAUUGCACACGCAGAACUUCCUUGGUUCCCUUUUCAUAGUCUUGGCAGUGAGGAGUCUGAAUUUGUUGUCCAAGGGGGGAGGAGGGUGCCAGUGGUGUUUCCUUUGUCUGCUGCAAUGGCUGUGUGUGCACUGCACCUGCGACUAAGGUAUGGCGAGAAGAGUGAUGGGAUGGUUACAUGCCGUGAUGCUGAAGUUCCAGGCUCGGUUGUCGUGAAACCAAAUUGGAAACUUGAUCAUGGAUGGAUGGUUUUCUCUUCGUGGAAGAACGAUCAAUGUGAGAAUGGUGCCUGUGAAAUUUCUGAGGCUCUGUUGACUCUGCUUGUGGAGCUUGGCAAGGGAAGGAAUGGAGAUAUAGGUUAG